AUGUCCGCAUUGUCUGACGAACCGGAAAUUAUCAAGCUAAACCCCAAGACGCUCACUCGGGACGAGGUUAUGGAAGAAAUGCAGCCCAUUCUCCUGCGUCUCAACGACUACGAAUGGACUACAGAACUGGCUGCCGACAUCGCAGCGGUCCUAACUCCCCAAAAGCUCAAGGUGAUGCCGCGCCGGGCCAAGGCCUCGUUUACAGAAUGGAUCUACCAGCAGGAGGACAAGAAGUACAUCCAGUGGCUGGAGAAUGCCUCAGACGACCUGAUCUCAAUCACGUGGAAUGAGAUGAAGCGUAUUCCCGGCGCCAAGAUCUGGUCGCAGGGGCAUCCCAUCGCUUCCGCCUUAGAUCAGUUAGUGAAGGCGGCGGACGAAUUCAGCCCCGAGCAGAAGGACUUCGUCCAGGCUCGGGUUACGGAGAUCAGGGGUUACAUCCAGUGCGAGAAGGAGCGUGAGCCCCAGGAAGUCGAGCAGUUCACGGCUACUGUGCUGAAGGCAAUCGAGAAGACGGAGGCCACGAUCAUAGACCGUCUCGGCGGUGUUCAUGGCGAGAUGCGGUAA